AUGGAGGACAAUGAUGACAGUGAUGCAGAGCUCAGAGAAGAAAUAGAAGCUGAAUUGGAGAAAAUCAGCAUUUCUUCCUUGGAGAACGAUGAGGUUGAAAAGGAGUCAGAAACUCAGAGUGACAGUAGUGACACUGAUCUAAUUGAAUUGCCAGAGUCAGUUCUUCACUGUAUCAACGUCAUAAAGAACAAGAGUAAAACCGCUGAAGAACUCUUUCUUCAGGACGUAGAAGACACUGAUGUCUUCAGUUGUAGUUAUGGUACAGUUUCUAACAAUCAUAUGCAUUUGAGGACUGGAUCAGCAGCCGAAUCAAAAGCAAAUUCUGAGCAGUUAAUGAAGAUAUUAUCUGUAAUAGAAAAGGAAGAAUUUAUGAGAAGUCUAACUCAUUCUGCCAGAUCUGAUUCUGUUCCUGAGCCUGUUAUUUCUGACACACCCAUGGAUGAAUGUAUUUUAUCAGAUGAUGCGGAUUUGAGUUUUGGAUACUUUGAAGUAGAAGAAAGAUGUAGAAAGUCUUUUGAAGCUUGGCAGGACAAGCAAAAAGAACUGGAAGAUGAAGAUAAAGAAACUCUGGAAGCUCAGAGUGAUCUAGAAAAACAGAAAUUUCAAGAAGAUGACGAGAAGAGACAUUGCUGGAUAAAACAGUUUGAAGCUGAGAAGGAAAAAUUAGAAAACCUUCAGAAGCAAGACCAGGACAAAAUGAAUGAUGAACUUCAUAAAGAAGAGAAAAUAUGGAAAGAGAAAUAUAGAGAGCAUGAGGAACGUAUCAGAAACUUGCAUUUACAAAUGGAAGAGGAAAGAACAAGAUUAAGAGAGCUGCAGGAGAAAGAAAAAACACGUUUGCUAAAUUUGCAGCAUAAUGCAGCUGUCAAAAUUCAAGCUAUAUAUAGAGGAUUUAUAACUUACAGAAAAUAUAGCCCGAUCAUAAGAGAGCAAAUAGAAAAUAAGAAAAGGAAAGCGCAGGAGCGGAAAGAGAAGGAAGCUAAGAUCCGACAAAAGGAGGAAGAACGAAGAAGAAGAAUUGAAGAGGAGCAGAGGAUUCAGGAGGAGAGAAAGAAGAAGAUGCUGGAGGAGAGGAGGAGGCGGGAAAGGGAAUACGAGGAGAAGAAGAGCAUCCUGAGACAAGAAAGAGAAGAACAACGAAACAGGGAAAAAAUGAGACCCAGAGAAGAUGCCUGCCAACCGCUGAUCAUCAGCUGCGCUUUAAGGACGGGGGAAGGUCACGCCAAGCAGCUAUCUGUGACAAACAUGUCGAAGAAUAAGGUUGCUAAAGCUGAAGAAUUAGAGGACACCAAAUCAAAGAAGCAAGAAGCUGUUUGUCUAGUUCAGCAAUCAAACAAGAGAGAAAAUGUGCGUAAACAGCUUGCAUCGACGGAACCAGUAGGAGUAAAAUUAAAACCAAGCCAGGGGAUUUUGGCAGAAUUAAAAAUGAAUGAGAAAAAUGAAAACUUACCAAAAUUAAAAAUGAAUGAAAAAAGUGAGAACUUACCAAAGAAACAAUGUUCACAAAAAUUAGUUAACCAAGAACUUAACUUAGAAAAUAUAGACCAAACAAAUGAAUCGAAAAACUCAGACCUAAAGGAAAAUGUUCAUACCCAGUGCCAGGGGCAAGAAAGAAAGACCCAAACUCAAAAGGAGGAAAAUGUAGAGCAAGCCACAAAGGAGAAUGUGGGACAAGAAACCCAAAUAAUGUUUGGACACAAACAAGAAAUGAGUGAAGAGGACAAUACUGGAGCACAAGAAAUCAUCAAUAAUAAUCAAGAGAGAUUGACUGAAAAGGCAGAAAAAAGAGACCUAACAGAGCAAAAUAGAUCAUUGUAUGAAGAGAAUUAUUCCUCAACUAUUUCCAUGCAAAAAGACCCACUGUCACUAAUAUUUGAAAAUCCUGCACCUGUAGAAAGAAACGUAAUGCUGGAAGACAAAGAGAUUGAUUUAAAAUCAAAAAGAAUUGAGGAAAUCCCGAAGGACAAUGUGCUGACCUGCGAUGCUGUGAUCAUGAACUCAUAUGCCUUGGUGCCUACAGAAGGCAACACAAAUCAGCAGGGGUCUGUCUCAGGCAAACUGACUCCCAGUGAAGAGGCUGGCAGGCACAGUGCUAAUAGCCCCUUGGUCACUGAAGAAGGGGACUCUCCUAAAUCGGAGAUUAAAGACAUUCCAGAACAAUGGAAGCAAACUAAGGCUGAAAUGAACAGUGGCCUGGCCUGCUCUCUUUCACAGGUAACAGUUUUAUCUUCAGUUGAGGAAAGGAGAGUGGCUUGGAUAAAAUCAUUUAAACCUUGGCCUGAAAUCUUUGAGCAAAAUCAACUCAAGAAAAUCAUUAAAAAAAAGAGACUUGUGAAGUGUCCAGCAAAUACAAUGCCUCCUUUGGAUACAUCAGCCAUCCUCCGGCACGGCCCUUGGAAUACGUUACAGCAGGUUACAGCCAUUACAUUUCAGGACUUGCCUGGCUGUAGUCUUUCUACACUAGCAGAGUGCACAAAUCUUCAGCUUCUGUCCCUCCGACGCUGUGGGUUAACUUCUUUGCAUGGCCUGAACCACUGCAAAAAACUUAAGUACAUCGAUGCACAAGAAAACCACAUUGAGACUAUCAAUUGUGAAAAUUUGGAAAAUCUCUGUGUUGUUCUUCUUAAUAAAAACCUGCUGACUUCUAUUCAUGGCUUGGAUGGAUGCACUAAUAUCCAGAACCUUGAACUUUCACAUAACAAAAUUACUCGAAUAAGUGGUUUAGAAUCUUUGAAAUACCUUCAACAACUAACUGUGGACCACAAUCAGUUAAUUAGUACUAAAGGUCUUUGUGAAGCACCCACCAUCAUAUACCUGGAUUGUUCACAUAAUCAUCUUACUGAUAUUGAAGGCAUUGGAAAUUGUGGAUUGCUCCAAAUAGUAAAGUUGCAGGGAAAUUACCUAAGAGAGCCUCCAUCCUUAAAGAACCAUGUUCUGCUUAGAGAACUGCAUCUGGACGACAACAGCAUCUUGAACGUGGAAGGACUUUCUUCUUGUUGGCUGCCUUUAUUGCAAGAUCUGAGUAUCUCUCAAAACAGUUUAACAACAAUUGUACCACUUUUUCAUUUUGUGUCUUUGGAAAAACUAGAUGUCAGCAACAAUUGUCUUUCUGAUCUGACAAGUGUCAUGUGUUGGUUCAAUGCAUGCUACUCUCUCCGUGAGCUUUGUCUCACUGGAAACCCAGUACUUCAGGAAAUAAACUGGAGGCAUUCUAUACUUAAAAUAUUACCUGCUCUAAGAAUCCUCAAUGGUGACAUCCUAAAACCACACUCUGAUGUCCAUAUUGAAGAACACUAUCACCAAGACCUAGGAUGUUUAUUGGCACUUUGUCAGUAUCAACUUCAAGAGUUCAACUUAUUAACUGACAAGUACAUCACACAGAAGGGGGACAUUCUUACUUUGCAUGCUGGAGACAAACUCUGUCACUACUAUGAGAACUUAAUGAAACUCAGUGAUGAGUGCAGACGUGCACAUGAACAUGGGGAUAUAAAUAUCAUCAAGAGGACUGAACCAGACACCAAGAAAAAACAUCCAGCAUUUUCAAACACCAACAGCACACUCGAAAACGAGGUCUUCCGUUCUUGGACUGAUUCACCAGAUACUUCUGAAAACCUGAUGGACCCUGGCUCCAGACCUUCCCCAAUAAACUGGGAGGAACCAGAAGGAAGAAGUCAGGAGAAAAACAUAGUACAAAAAAAUGAACACAGUAGGAUAGGCAGUCCCUCCACCAGAAGAGCCUCAUUCCGAGAAAUGAAGAUGGCAAAUUCUGAUAAUCAUCAAAGUACUGAACACAGUGAAACAAGUAAGGAAGCUGUGUUCAUUCAAGCCCAAUGGCGUAGUUACGUUGCACGCAGACAGAUCAAUUUCUCUGCAAAAAUAGAUCCUACCACAACAGAACUGCUGCAUAAUCCCUUCACUAAUAACCAAACUACUUCAAAUGAAGAAAGAAGAAAAAAUAUUAUGAAUAUCCAAGAACUGAGGGAGAAGGCUGCUCUUCAUAUUCAGGCAGUUUGGAAGGGCUUUAUUUUACGAAAGAAACUGGCCAUGGCCCUGGAGGCUCUCAGGAAUGAAGAAUCUGGAGAAGAAUACGAAGAAAUAGAUUUAGAGGAUUUUGAGUAUGAUGAGGAUGCCUUGGAGAAAGAGUGGCCAGUUUUAGAUUCCACCGGCUUCCCUUCCCAAACACUGCCUUCCUCCAACCAGCUGCCCUGGCCAAAGAACUCUCAGGCUCUGAAACAUGAUGAAACUUCACUUCCUGUACCAACUCGUCCAGCUCAGGCAUGGCUAUGGAAUGAGAAAGAAAAUUUGUUUUCAUCAGAACAGACACAGUUAAGUAGCAGAUCAGAAAACAGAACUUUAUCCCGGACACCUGAGUCAAACACCAGUAGGAAGAGUUUACUGCAAUCUGAAAAAGAAGAAAAAAUUUCAGAAGAAUGGGGCUUUAAGGAUAUAUCUACAGCCCAGCAGAUGCUAAAGAGAGCACAGAAAAUGAAAUCAAAAAAAUUAAGGAAAAAAUUAGACCCUUCUGUGCGACUAGCAUUAUUCAAAAAAAACAAUAAUGAAGUUUCUGUUACAAAACCAUCAAAGAAGACACUGCUCAGGAGAGAUGGUUACUUUGAAGGUAAGUGACGAAUGUUACACAUUUCUUCCCAAGAUGAGGAGGAAGAUGCCCUCUCCAAGCUGACCACUGUGAAUGAAAAGUCAGAAAGGAGUCAUGAAUACACCCACCAGUGGCUUCAUACACAAGUUGGCGUUCUAGAAGCAACUAGUUCCAGAACCCUGAAAUGCAAUCACUUCUUGCCUGAGUUAGAUCCAGAUGUACUUAAUGGUGGAAGAGUUCAACUUGUGGCAAGACUUGUAAGCAGAGAAGACACGGAUUUAGACCUUUUUUCCAUGACCAGUGGAAGUGCUUUGUCUGUGAACAGAGAAAAAAAAAGCCAGGCACGCAGAUACUCAUCGGGAUCCUCAAGUAAGCUAUGGUUUCCUUCAGAAUUAAUUUAGGAAUCGCAGAUGAAUUGACCAAAGCUAAUGCCAGCAUGCAUUCUUUCACAGAUAGGAGCUAGGGUGCCCGCCACCAGUGCUACCCACAAACGUGCCUUUGCCCUCUCUCCUUCCUUUACAUGUCUUCUUUGAUAUGAACCAAAUUAAAUUAUUUCUAAAACUCA